GUGAUACUCACAUGUUUUUGAUGAAAGAAAAACAAUUUUAUUUAAUUAACUGAAUUUAGUUGCGUAUUGGUAUUAAAUUGUCACUUUUAUGGAAUUGAUUUGAUUAUUUUCGCUGGCUUGUUGUUUCUCAUUGGAUCUUAAUUGUUCGCACUUUAUGAUGGUUAGUUCUUUUCCCUUAAUCUUCAGACGUAAUCUAUUAGAUUCUAGAGUCUCUGUGUUCAGAUCAGUUCAAAUAUUUUCAUCACUUCAUUUUGAUCCGAUUAAAUUUGAUCAGCGAUGUUUCAAAUCAACUAAUUCACCAUCAACAUGUGAUAGUCAUUGGCAAUUAGUUAAGAAACUUGAUUCUCAUCUAGUCAAUUAUUGUAAACGAGUUAAAAAAGGUGAUUGGCUCAAACCAAAAUUUAUCGAUGAUUAUUUACAAUUAACUGUUGAUUUAUACAAAUUUUCACAUCCCAUUGUUUUACUUUAUUGUGAUACUUUGGUGAAAAAUAUUCUUGGAAAAGUGAAUCUAACAAAGAGACAAUUUUUACAAUUAAUGUUUUACCAACAGCAAAUGUUAAGUCAUAAAGUUGAUUGGUGUCAACGAUUCAUUGAUCAUCAAUUAAAUUCAUUAAGUUUGGCUGAUUUAUCCCAAUUCAGUUACGAUGAACCUGUAAACUUGAUGCCACCUUCAAUUCCUCCCUACAGAUCUUUAAAAAUUAUCAAAAGAGUUGAUCGAGAUGUUCAACCCUCAAUAGAUGAAAAAUUUAGACUUCAUUUGGAAGGUAAAACACCAGCCCAAAUGAUUGAUACACUUCGAACUUAUCGACAUCUAGUUGAUCUUGUUCGUUUUAGGACUUUUAUUCUACAAUUUUGUUCAAUUGGUCCAAUUUACGAAUACCAUUUGACACAAGAACAAUUUGAAUUUCUCCUUGAAAUGUUCAGAAAUUUUCCAGAAAUGGUUAAAGACAUUUCCAACUUAUCGGAUGUCACAUUGUUCAUCUCGAAGAUUCGUGUAAAUUCAUCAAAUCUGCUUCUUCGCUAUAUCGUUGGAGAAGUGAUCAAAAAUAUCGACGAGAUGUCACUCGAUGAAACCUUUACCUUAUACAAAGCUCUUCAAGCCAUCAGACCAUCGGAAACAAUUGACGGAUCAACCGAUCAACUUAAUCUACUAAACGAUGAUGUGAUUCGCUCUCGUUACCUGUUGAUAUCUAAUGUCGCAUUCAGAAUCGAAACCCUACAUUUUGACGAAACUGAUAUAAACACUUUAUGUGAAGUUUUCCGAAUAAUUAAUCGUGAAUUAUACGCAAAGGAGGCAAUUGAUAUUCUGGUUAAAUCAAUCGUCAGCAUGAGCAGUUACAUGAGAAGCAAAAAUUCAACCGAUAUAAUUGCUGGAUUCACUUCACCUCAUGGAUGCAAAAUAUUGAAGGAAGUUUUCACCUCCGGGGAUAAGGAGCUGAUUAAACGGUACACCCAUUUAAUUGAUUUAUCUCUUCAUACUACUGGUCGAUUAACAAAUUCUCAUGAUAAUGUUAAACCAAAGAGUAACCGAUACAUAACUGAAUGUUUUAUUCGUAUGUUAAUCAAGGAAGGUGAAAAUUUCUCAUCCAUUACUUUUUGGCGAAAUUUUCUCGAUGAGAUUGAUUUUAAUCGACAUAAAAUUAACUUGAUGGGCUGGCAAAGUCUUCUAACUUUGGUUAAUCGUUUUCGAGUCUAUUGUCCAAACAUAAUUGAUUCUUUUGCACCAAUAGUUAUCCAAAACGCUGAAGAUUUCAUUCGAGAUGACCGAAUAUCGCCAAUUCCUUAUAUCUACCUGAUGGCUGAAUGUUAUCAUAAACCUUUGUCCGUUAAUUGGGAUAAAUUUAUCAAUGUUUUGUUACAUCCUAAGAAAUUAACGGAAAUCCCAGCUGAACGGACUUUAGCUUUAAUCUCUCGUUUGGCCAUAUUAGAGGAAUAUAAUAUAGUCCGAAAUUUUGACCUUAACCGUACGAAAUUAUCACUGUCCACCUGUAGGAAUAUACCUCAAUGUAAACGUUUAAUUACCUUUUACUCUGGUCUAAUUCAAGAGUCAAAUGAUUCUGGACAUAAAUGGUUAGUUAAACGAGAAUGUGGACCUUUCAUAUACAAAGUUAUCUCAACCUUGGAUAAAGAUAUACGUAUGGGUAUAUUGUCAUGUCUUCAGCCCACUUUAGAGGCGGCUUUUGGUGGACCUGAGUUCGUAAUCAAUGGAGUUUGGAGUAAAUCGGGUAUCUUUAUGUCUCAUCUAUUGGUUUUCCGUCGAGGUGAAUAUCCAGUGGCCAUUAGAAAUUUUGAUGAAGAAUCUAAUUCAAAAUUAACUUAUCUUAAUGAUAUUUCAAUUCCCCCUGAAGGGAAAAUAGUUGCUGUUCUGCCCGCUUAUCGUUACUAUUACACUAACAAUUCUCGUAAUUUGAGAGGAAAAAUUCAAUUUAAAUUGCGUUUAAUGAGAAGACUGGGUAUCAUACCUGUUAUAGCUGAUAUCAGUGAAUUUGAUGAGUUACCAGUUCAUGAAAAGACUCAUUGGUUGGUCACCAAAAUCAGGACGAAAAUCAUGGAAAAUAAUUCCGAUGCUUGGGAAUUUUGGAGAUAAUCAAUCAAGAGCAUUUAUAUUGAGAUAAUUAGUGCCUCAAAAUGUAUUUCAGUUAAUUGGAUAAUCAUCAUUUAAAAAAUCUGAUCUGGAUCUCACUAUAAUUUCCGAUUAGCGGAUAUUGACAAUUAAUGUGAUUCUGUUGUAUUUUUUUUUCUACGACAAUUAUUGAUUAUUCAUUUACUCUAAUUGUCAGUGAAAGGAAAGAGUAAAUUACAACAGUUUAAAUCCAAAUGCAAACGAUACUUGAUGAUUAACUUCAUUGUACAGUCAUUUUGAUACCAAAGUUAAUUAACUGAUUGUUUUUUUUUCUUGUAGAAUAAAUUUGUAAAUUCUAAUUGUAGUUGAUAAACAGAUAAUUAAACUAUGUUUCUAGUAAAAAUUA